AUGUCGUCCGCCAUUGAACAAGAUGGUCCUUCUCAAUGUCCACCAACGACCUCUGCCCCUAAAGCGGUCACUGUUACUGCUGCUUCGUAUGGAUCCGCUGUGUCAACAAGCGUGGAGGAUUCCGCGAACCAGGAACGAGUUGAGGAACAAGAGGAAGAGGCCGAAAUGAAGUAUGGUGCACGUCAUGUAAUCAACCUUUUUGUUCCGGUCUCAUUAUGUAUGGUUAUGGUAGUGUUCACCAUGAACACCGUCACAUUUUAUUCGCAAAACGACGGUCGCCAUCUUUUAUACACUCCUUUCGUCAAGGAAACCGACAGCGCUAGCGAAAAGGUCCUUAUGUCAUUGGGGAACGCUCUUGUUAUGUUGUGUGUUGUCGUAGUAAUGACUGUCAUUCUUAUCUUCUUUUACAAGUACCGAUGCUACAAGUUGAUUCAUGGAUGGCUCAUGGCUAGCAGUUGUCUUUUGUUGUUUUUAUUUACGACUAUCUAUCUUCAAGAGGUUAUGAAGAGCUUCAACAUAUCAUUAUCUGUCGUAACCGUUUGUUUCUUUCUUGGCAAUUUUGGCGUCCUUGGCAUGAUGUGUAUCCAUUGGAAAGGUCCUUUAAGAUUGCAACAGUUCUACUUAAUCACUAUGUCUGCUCUUAUGGCUCUAGUAUUCAUUAAGUACCUACCAGAAUGGACUGUAUGGUCUGUGCUAGCCGUGAUUUCUAUUUGGGACCUUAUCGCUGUGCUAGCGCCUAACGGCCCCCUACGUAUUCUCGUCGAAACUGCUCAGGAACGCAACGAGCCGAUUUUCCCUGCUCUCAUAUAUUCGUCUGGCAUGGUUUAUUCCUUUGUGUUCACUGGUGCAUUGGAUGGUGAAGAGAACCAGGCCCAACCUCAACUUCAACAAGCGAGCUCAUCCGACGAUUCGACGCCUUCGGUGAGCGGACUUCUUCCUUCGAACAACACCACCACUAAAGUGAAACGAUUCGCUCCUCUUCGGCAAUCUGAGAGUGCUGUUGAACACAUCGCUCAGGAAGCAGCUCGCUCACUCAACGAGCUUGCGACUGUGGCACAAAGCAUCAGAGUCCAGCCGAACCUAAUGCGAGGUGAACGUGAAGAAAAAGGAGUGAAACUCGGCCUUGGCGACUUCAUUUUCUACUCGGUGCUGGUGGGAAAGGCGAGCAGUUACUUCGAUUGGAACACUACUGUUGCUUGUUAUGUGGCAAUCCUUGUUGGUCUUUGCUUUACUUUAGUGCUUCUUGCCGUCUUUCGCCGAGCUUUACCCGCUCUACCGAUCUCCGUAUUUGCUGGGCUACUUUUCUAUUUCUGUACAAGAUGGAUUGUCACUCCAUUUGUCUCGCAACUUACACGCCGUCAAUGGGUUUAUUGA